AUUUAGACGAACCGGCCAGCACUUCUACUAUUCCACCCCCUUUUGUAUCCAAUCACAUAAACCUUCCCCCACUUCUUUUUCCUUCUACUAAAACGCCCAUUCAUACCCUUUUCCUUCCACCGUCUCUCUAUAGCGACCAUCGGUCAACUUUCUUCCGCUCGACCUCUUCGUCACCGCUUCCGCCUGUUGUUUCCGAUCAGAAGUCUUCAUGACAACCACCGACGCCGGUCACUACUUUGUGUUCUACAUCCACCGAGCAUCCAAAAUCAAUAUAUAUACAAAAAAGGCUUCAAUUCCUGGAUACUUGGCGCUAAACAAAAAGAAAGAUGAGAAAAAACAGUAGUAGAAGGGACGAUAUCGGAAUCUUCACGCUCAUCGGUAUCGGUCGGACCUUUCAACGGUUUGAAAUUAAUGUUUAAGGAAGCCUCAUAUUUAGUAAAGUAUUUAAGGAGAUAAACAAUUUGUUGAUGUGAUUGAGAAGAAUAUGGAUCGAGACUACUUUAUGACACCACAAGACGCUAAAGAGUUUGGUUUCAUUGAUGAAGUCGUUGAUGAAAGACCAUUAACUUUGGUGACUGAUGGUAUUAGAAGUGAAGGAAAAGGAAAAGUUUCAGAGUACAAUCUGAAUGGGUUCUUGAUUUCUUUAUGUUGCUGUGUGGUGACACGAACAAAAAAAGGAGUGCAGCGCCUCUACCUUUCAAUUUUAUUUGUCGGCUGCUUCAAAUCGACUCUUGCUUUCUCUCUGACAGGGGUUUCUUUGUGCCUUCCCUUCACCUCCGUUGACUUCGUUUUCCAAGCCGAGUCCGGAUAA